UCAUCCAUCCAUCCAUCCGUCCAUCCAUCCCUUCAUCCAUCUGUCCAUCCAUCCACCCAGCUGUCCCUCUGUCCAGCCAUCCAUCCCCUCAUCCAUCUAUCCCUUCAUCCAUCCAUCCGUCCAUCCAUCCCUUUAUCCACCUGUCCAUCCAUCCACCCAGCUGUCCCUCUGUCCAGCCAUCUAUCCCUUCAUCCAUCCAUCCGUCCAUCCAUCCCCUCAUCCUUCUAUCCAUCCAUCCAUCCCGUCAUCCAUCUAUCCAUCCAUCUGUCCAUCCAUCCCUUCAUCCAUCCAUCCCUUCAUCCAUCUGUUCAUCGCUCCACCCAUCCACCUGUCCAUCCACCUGUCCAUCCACCUGUCCAUCCAUCCAUCCAUCCAUCCAUCCAUCCCUUCACCCAUCCAUCCCUCCGUCCACCUAUCCAUCCCUCCAUCCAUCUGUUCAUCCCUCCAUCCAUCCAUUCAUCCAUCAUUCAUCUGUCCACCCAUCCCCCAUCCACCCAUCCAUCCCUCUGUCCAUCCCUCUGUCCAUCCGUCCAUGCAUCUGUUCAUCCCUUCACCCAUCCAUCCGUCCAUCCAUCCUUUUGUCCAUCAGUCCAUCCAUCCCCCAUCCACCCCUCCAUCAUCUGUCCCUCCCUCCAGCCCUUCCUCAUGCAUCCCUACAUCUCUCCAUCCCUCCAUCCGUCCCUCCAUCCUCCACCUCUCCUUCUAUCCCUCCAUCUCACCAUCCCUCCAUCCUCCAUCUCUCCAUCCCUCCUGCCGUUCUCUCCAUCCUGCCCACCCUCCAUCUAUCUCCCUGUCUCUCCAUCUCCUUGUCUCCCCAUCUCUUCAUCCACCCCUCCAGCCAAACCUCCAUCUCUCAUCUCUCCAUCCCUCCAUCCUCCAUCUCUCCAUCUAUCCCUCCAUCUCUCCAUUCCUCCACCCCUCCAUCCUCCAUCCCUCCUGCCCUUCUCUCCAUCCUGCCCACCCUCCAUCUCCCCAUCUCUCCAUCUCCUUGUCUCCCCAUCUCUCCGUCCACCCCUCCAGCCAAACCUCCAUCCCUCAUCUCUCCAUCCCUCCAAUGUUCCCUCCCUCCCACCAUCUGACCAUCUCCCCGCCAUGUUCCUGUCCCUGCUGUUGUCCCCCCGGUGACUCACGGCCCGCAGGGCGCUGAGCAGCUGGGAGUAGGAGAAGAUGAUGAGGGAGAGGGGGACGAUGAAGCAGAAGAUGAAGAGGAACCAGGUGUAGUACUCGCUCUUGUACUUGGUGCCCACCGUGUACCAGUCGGGGCCGCAGGAGCACUGCAGCCCCUCGGGGACGUACCUGGGGACACGGCUGUCACCUCCCGCCCGGCGUCACCCUCAUCACCCCUGUGUCACCCGUGUGUCACCGCUAUGUCACCCUGUGUUACCCUAUAGCACCCUGUGUCACCCCGUGGCACUCCAUGGCACCUUGUGUCACCCCGUAUUCACCCCUGUGUCACCUCUGUGUCACCCCAUAGCACCCUUGUAUCACCCCAUAUCACCCCUGUGUCACCCAUGGCACCCUCAUGACCUCCCCACCGCUCCUGGACAUGUUCAGCCCCCUGUCCCUGCGUCCCCCCUUGUCUCCUUGUCCCCAAUGUCCCCCCCGUCCCAGUGUCCCCACCUUGUGUCCUCCAUGUUCCCCCUGUUCCUGUGUCCCACCCUGUUCCCCUUUGUCCCCCCUGUUCCCCCGUGUCCCCCGUGUCCCCUGUGUCCCCACCUGCUCCAGCCGAACCAGGGGGGGAGGGCGACACCCAGGCCGAUGACCCAGGUGGCCACCACCGCCAUGAGGGCGUGUUUGGAGUUGAAGCGGAAGUUCCCGAAGGGUUUGCAGAUGACGAUGUAGCGCUCGAAGGCCAGGAAGGCCAAGGACCAACCUGUCACCAGCCCUGGGGACACCACACCACGGGGACAUCAACCUGAGGUCCAGCCACCCCCACGACCACACCAUGGUGGUCACCUCCACCUCCAGCCCCACCAUGAGCCAGGGUGGUCAACCCUACGUGCAGCCCCACAGACCACGGUGGUCACCCCAACUCUGGCUGUGGUGGUCACCCCAGCUCCUCCAGCUCCACCAAACGAUGGUGGUCACCCCAACAUCUACAGCCCCAUCAGGUCAUAGUGGUCACCCCAACAUCUACAGCCCCACCAAACCAUGGUGGUCACCCCAACUCUGGCCAUGGUGAUCACCUCAACUCCUCCAACCCCGCCAAACCAUGGUGGUCAACCCUACUUGUAGCCCCACAGACCACAAUGGUCACCCCAACUCUGGCUGUGGUGGUCACCCCAGCUCCUCCAGCUCCACCAAACCCUGGUGGUCACCCCAACACCUACAGCCCCAUCAGGUCAUAGUGGUUACUCCAACUUCUCCAGCCCCACCAAACCAUGGUGGUCACCCCAACUCUGGCCAUGGUGAUCUCAACUCCGCCAACCCCACCAAACCAUGGUGGUCACCCCAGUUCCUCCAGCCCCACCAAACUGCGAUGGUCACCCUCACCUCUAGCCCCACCAACCCAUGAUGGUCACCUCCACCUACAACCCCACAACAAACCAUGAUGGUCAACCCUAUGUACAGCCCCAGCAGAUCACAAUGGCCACCCCAGCUCCUCCAGCUCCACCAGACCACAGCUGGUCACCCCAACAGCUGUAGCCCCCACAAACCAUGGUGGUCACUCCUACCUCCAGCCCCACCAGACUGUGGUGGUCAACCCUAUCUAUAGCCCCAUCAGGUCACAUUGGUCACCCCAACUCCUAGAGCUUUACUGGACCACUGUAGUCACCCCCACCUCCAGCCUCACUGCACCAUGAUGGUCAACCCGACAUGCAGCCCCACCAGACUAUGGUGCUCAUCUCCAUCCACCGCCCCAACAGACCAUGGUGGUCACCCCAACUCCACCAGACCACAAUGGACACGCAAAUCCUCCAGCCGGACCAAACCAUGAUGGUCACCCCAAAUCCAGCCACAGUUGGUCACCCCAACUCCUCCAGCCCCACCAGACCAUGGUGGUCACCACCACUCCUCCAGCCCCACCAAACCAUGGUCAUUGUCCAAAUUCCAACCAUGGUGGUCACCCCAACUCCACCAGACCACCGUGGUGACCCCAGCUCCUCCAGCCCCACCAGACCACAGUGGUCAUCUCCACCUACAACCCAACCACAAGCCAUGAUGGUCAGCCCUAUGGACAGCCCCACCAGACCACAGAGGUCACCUCCACCGACAAUCCAACCACAAGCCAUGAUGGUCAGCCCUAUGGACAGCCCCACCAGACCACGGUGGUGACCCCAACUCCACCAGACCACAAUGGUCACCCCAACUCCUCCAGCUCCACCAAACCAUGGUGGUCACUCCAGCUCCUCCAGCCCCACCAAACCAUGAUGGUCACCUUGGCUCCAGCCAUGGUAUCACCCCAACUCCUCCAGCCCAUGCUGGUCAUUCCAACUCAUCCAGCUCCACCAAACCAUGGUGGUUGCCCCUGCUCCUCCAGCCCCACCAAGCCAUGAUGGUCACCCCAGCUCCAGCCAUGCUGAUCACCCCAACUCCUCCAGCCCAUGGUGGUUACCUCAACUCAUCCAGCUCUGUCAGAGCAUGGUGGUCACCCCAUCUUCCCCAGCCCAUGGUGAUCACCCCAGCUUCUCCAGCCCCACCACAAUGUGGUGAUCACCCCAACGCCUUCAGCCCCUUCCACCCAUGCCAGUGUUACCCCACCACAAACCAUGAUAUGCAACCUUAUCUACAGCCCCAUCAGACCAUAUUGGUCACCCCAACCCCUCCAGCCCCACCAAACCAUGGUGGUCACCCCAGUUCCUCCAGCCCAUGCUGGUCAUCCCAACUCAUCCAGCUCCAUCAAACCAUGGUGGUCACCCCAGCUCCUCCAGCCCCACCAUGAUGGGGUGAUCAACCCAACCCCUCCAGCCACACCAAGCCAUGGUGGUCACCCCGACUCAUCCAGCUCUGUCAGACCAUGGUGGUCACCCCAGCUUCUCCAGCCUCACCACAAUGUGGUGAUCACCCCAACGCCUCCAGCCCCACCACAAUGUGGUGAUCAUCCCAACCCCUCCAGCCCCACUAGCUCAUGGUGGUGUUACCCCACCACAAACCAUGAUGGUCAACCUUAUGUACAGCCCCACCAGACCAUACUGGUCACCCCAGCUCCACCAGCCCCACCACGACGGGGUGAUCACCCCAACCCCUCCAGCCCCACCAAACCAUAGUGGUCACCCCAGCUCCAGCCAUGCUGAUCACCCCAACUCCUCCAGCCCAUGGUGAUCACCCCAACUCCUCCAGCCCAUGGUGGUCACCCCAGCUCCUCCAGCCUCACCACAAUGUGGUGAUCACCCCAGCUCCUCCAGCCCCACCACAAUGUGGUGGUCCCCCCAACUCCUCCAGCCCAUGGUGGUGUCACCCCACCACAAACCAUGAUGCUCAACCUUAUGUCCAGCCCCACCAGACCAAGGUGGUCACCCCAGCUCCUCCAGCACCACCAAACCAUGAUGGUCACCCCAUCUCCUCCAGCCAUGCUGAUCACCCCAACUCCUCCAGCCCAUGGUGAUCACCCCAGCUCCUCCAGGCCAUGGUGGUGUCACCCCACCACAAAC